CAAGGUCAUUCCUUGAUGCGCCAAAUCAACUCUGGAGGGUUGUAACGCAUUCGAAAUCUUGCUCUAGUGACUUUUUUCCGGUUGCUGUCUGUCGGUUACGCUAAUAGAUAUUACCUCACACGCUUCUCCACAGAUAGCUCCAGCACUCAAGUUUCAGAAUGAGCAGAUCAGUUCCUCCAAAUGUUAGGGCCUUGGUAGACCGUAUUAUUAGGGUUGAUCAUGCAGGAGAGUUGGGUGCCAAUCGAAUUUACCAAGGACAGCUAAUGAUACUUGGAAAAUCAAGUGUAGGCCCCAAAAUAAAGGAAAUGUAUGAUCAAGAAGCGGAACAUUUGAAAAAAUUCCAAGAACUUAUCCCUCUUCAUAGAGUUAGACCCACAUUACUUUUGCCUCUAUGGAGUAUUGCUGGGUUCACAUUAGGUGUGGGAAGCGCACUUAUGGGUUCGAAAUGCGCUAUGGCUUGUACCGUUGCUGUUGAAUCGGUGAUAUCUGAACAUUACAACAAUCAAAUUCGUGAGCUCGUGGAAAAUGACCCUAAAUCUUAUCAAGAUUUACUUCAGACAUUAGCCCAGUUUCGGGAUGAAGAAAUGGAGCAUCACGAUACAGGCCUUGAACAUGAUGCUGAACAGAUAAAUCCAAUCUAGAUUGAAAGAAAUCUUCGUCUGAAACCCUUAUGUACAUGGCAGUGCCUAGUUGAAUCAUGUUUAUAGUAUUUUUAAGUACCUAAUUUUAUGUAGUUGUUUAUUCUUCAUAUCUAAACUGCACUCUUGUCACGUUCUCUAAUAAUCUCUUACUACAUAUUUCAGGCUCCUUUCUACAGUAUCAUGUCUCAAAUAAUAAAAGCGGGUUGUCGAGCAAGUAUCUUUUUGGCUGAACGUAUAUGAAAAAAGAUCAGUUUCAAUAACAGUCGUUUUUCCUUUUUAAUGGUUACUCUCUAAAUUACGUAUUUGUAUUUUAUUACAUGUGAUGUAAAUCUUUUCAUAGAUUUUUAAUCUUCUCUAAUGCUAUAGUCUAUUUAUCUGCAUUCCAA